UAGUCCAUGGAAAAUAACCUGUUGGAUUGUCACCUGGAAACUGUGAAAAGUGCCAACAUGAGCCAUGAGAGGCCAGUGAACCCCAGCUCACCUACACUGACCAAGGACCUGAAGAGAAAGAGGGGGAGACCAAAGAAGCAGCCACAGGAGGAGGCUGUGGGACCAUUGCCAGUGAAGAAACCACGAGGAAGGCCAAGAGGAAGCAAAAAAGUGAUUACUGUAUCUCAACAAAUGGUAGAACCUUCUGCUGGAAAAAGGCCAAGAGGAAGGCCCCGCAAGUGGCCUCAGCUAGUGGUCCAAGAAGGAGCAGCUCAGGAAGGAAAUCCUCAGGGAAGCAGCGACUUGAAUUUGAACUCGACACCAUCCACACAAGGCAUCACUGGAAAAGAUGGUUCCAGGCCUGGCAAAACUUCUGGUCUUAGGAGAUCUCAGAGUAACAUCCCAGCCACAGCACAGUAGUAUGCCACUUGUUCAUGUCUUGCUGAAGCCAGAGGACUGGAAAGCAAACAGGAUUUCUAACGUCAACUUUCAAAUUUUUCCUUUGUAAUAACUUUGGCCAAGCUUUCUCUCCUGUUGACUGCUGGCUUACCUCAAACUUCCAAACAGGGGCUUCAGGGAAGAAAUGGCAAAUGCCUUUCACAGGUUGUAGUACAUCUUUUGUCAGGAUAUUAAUCUUAAAAAUACUUUGAUAACAUCGUGCCUUGCCCUGCCAUGGACAGUAAGAGUUCACUAGAAAGUGUUGUCUCAGUAACACAGACACAGUAAAGGAAACCUAUCCAGACAGCUAAUUGCUGCACUUAUCAUACCACGAGUCCCAAGAGUUUUGCUCAGUUGUUCAUAGGGAUUGCAUCUGAAAGACACCAUGUGAGUCAUUUGCUUACUAUAUCAGAAAUAAAACCCCUCAUGGAGCUUUUAGCUUGUCUUGUGCUGCUACUGCAGUGGUCAGUAACCUGGAUGCUUUAGAGGAAAGCUUGUUGCCUGAUGUCUUGAGGAUUGACUCUGAAGUUUUUAUCCCAGCCUGCUAAGCUCAGGGCCACCUCCUAUUACUAACUUUUGGCCUGGUGGCAUUCCCCCUGUAUUUGAAAGCAGUUUUGAGUGAACAAUGUUUAGAAGUUUAGUCAGUGUCACUGAAUUUCAUCAUUUCAGGGGAGUAGACACUUCAGAACCAGUUGCACAAAGGCUGCUUCCUUGCAGAGCCUCAGGCUUCAGUUCAAGUUAGUCAUGACUUCAGUCAUAAUGUGUGGGUGUGGG